CAAGCAACUGCACGGAAGUGCUUGUGCUUUUCUUCCGACUCAUAAGCUUUCUUCAUAUUGCUUAGGUGUCGCUCCAUUCUUGCAGGACAAUAUUUACCACCAAUAGAGCAGGGCUAGAGGAGCACUAUGACGAGGCAUUGGAGGAGAAACGAUGAACGGGUCCUCUUUACAGCCUAGAGGAGCACUAGGGUUCUUUAUCAAUGGCGGAAACGAUGUCACCAGGUAUGGGCGUCGUAUUCCCUAUAUAAGGGAUCAACGACCGGAGGAGCAGUGACUCUCCAAGACAUCAACAACGCACUUCACUUGGGGUGACACCGCAAUCACAAUGUUGAAACUGAUAGGUUCUCUCGUGCUCCUCGCCUCUGCGGCCGAGGUGAUUGCCUCUCCCGUCGCUGAGCCAGUUGCGCCGUCCACAACUCUGGAGAAGCGCGCUUCUUGCACGUUCUCCGGGUCCAACGGCGCCGCUGCUGCGAUGGCUUCUCAGAAGGCCUGCUCUACUAUCGUUCUGUCGAGCGUUGCUGUUCCCGCUGGCACGACGCUAGAUCUCAGCGACCUGGCAGAUGGCACCACAGUCAUCUUCGAGGGCGAGACAACCUGGGGCUACAAGGAAUGGGCCGGCCCCCUGCUGCAGAUUUCCGGCAAAAACAUCAAAGGCGGCAACGGCGGCAAGACGAAGCCCAAGUUCUUCGCCGCGCACGGCCUCACCUCGUCGUCGUCCAUCAUCAAUCUGCACAUCCUGAACACCCCCGUCCAGGCGGUCAGCAUCAACGGAUGCGAUGGCCUGACCAUCACCGACAUGACGAUCGACGAUUCCGCCGGUGACACCCAAGGCGGCCACAACACCGACGCCUUCGAUAUUGGAUCCAGCUCCAACAUUAUCAUCUCAGGCGCGAAAGUCUACAACCAGGAUGACUGUGUCGCGGUCAACUCCGGUACGGGUAUCACCUUUACCGGUGGGCUGUGCUCCGGUGGCCAUGGCCUGUCGAUUGGUAGCGUUGGUGGCCGUUCCGAUAAUACCGUCGAGAACGUCUCCUUUACGAACUCACAGGUCACGAAAUCUGAUAACGGACUCCGCAUCAAAGCCUCCAAAGGGAAAACAGGCACAAUCAAGGGAAUCACCUACUCAGGAAUCACCCUGAGCUCCAUCCGCAAGUACGGUAUCCUCAUCGAACAAAACUACGACGGCGGCGACCUCAAGGGCGAGCCGACCUCCGGCAUCCCCAUCACCGACCUGACCAUGGAGAACAUCAGUGGUAAAGGCGCCGUGGCGUCAAGCGGGCACAAUAUCGCUAUUGUCUGCGGCAGUGGGGCCUGCUCGAAUUGGACCUGGAAGAGCGUCGAGGUCACUGGCGGCCAGACCUAUGGUAGCUGCGAGAACGUUCCUAGCGUUGCACAUUGUUAGAUGAUGCAGUGAUUAUACGGCGAUGGCUGGCUCAGCACCAUGCUCUGUAUGAAUGAUGC